GUGCAAGUUGCCUACCUGGUAUCACAAGAGACCCUUCUGCUAACGUACCUUCGGUAAAGCGCAGCCAUGGCCUCUUCAGACGCUGAGAUGGCCGUCUUUGGGGAGGCAGCUCCCUACCUCCGGAAGUCAGAAAAGGAGAGAAUCGAGGCCCAGAACAAGCCUUUUGAUGCCAAGUCAUCAGUCUUUGUGGCUCAUCCUAAGGAAUCCUUUGUGAAAGGGUUAAUCCAGAGCAGGGAUGGAGGGAAGGUCACUGUCAAGACUGAAGCAGGAGAGACUCUGACCGUGAAGGAAGACCAAGUCUUCUCCAUGAACCCUCCCAAGUACGACAAAAUCGAGGACAUGGCCAUGAUGACCCACCUCCACGAACCCACUGCGACUUAUAACCUCAAAGAGCGUUAUGCAGCCUGGAUGAUCUACCACUACAUAUCGUCCCUUUCUGUCUCUUUCACAGAUCGCGAGAAUCAGUCAAUCCUGAUCACCGGAGAAUCCGGGGCAGGGAAGACUGUGAACACCAAGCGUGUCAUCCAGUACUUUGCAACAAUUGCAGCUAGUGGGGAGAAGAAGAAAGAGGAGCAGUCUGGCAAAAUGCAGGGCACGCUUGAGGAUCAAAUCAUCAGCGCCAACCCCUUGCUGGAGGCCUUUGGAAAUGCCAAGACCGUGAGGAAUGACAACUCCUCACGCUUUGUAAGUUAUCUGCUGGAGAAGUCAAGGGUCACUUUCCAGCUCAAAGCGGAAAGAAGCUACCACAUAUUUUACCAGGUCACCUCCAACAAGAAACCAGAGCUAAUUGAAAUGCUCCUCAUUACCACCAACCCAUAUGACUUCCCUUUUGUAAGUCAAGGUGAGAUCACUGUUCCCAGCAUUGAUGACAAGGAGGAGCUGAUGGCUACAGAUAGUGCCAUUGACAUCCUGGGCUUCACUGCUGAUGAAAAGACAGCUAUUUACAAGCUGACAGGGGCUGUCAUGCACUAUGGGAACUUGAAGUUCAAGCAGAAACAACGAGAGGAGCAGGCAGAGCCAGAUGGCACAGAAGUUGCUGACAAAGCUGCCUACCUGAUGGGUCUGAACUCAGCUGACAUGCUCAAGGCCCUGUGCUUUCCCCGAGUAAAAGUUGGAAAUGAAUAUGUGACCAAAGGUCAAACUGUGCAACAGGUUCACAAUGCUGUAGGUGCUCUCGCAAAGGCUGUCUAUGAAAGGAUGUUCUUGUGGAUGGUUGUUCGCAUCAACCAGCAGCUGGAUACCAAGCAACCCAGACAGUACUUCAUUGGUGUGCUGGACAUUGCUGGAUUUGAGAUCUUUGAUUUCAACAGCUUUGAGCAGCUGUGCAUCAACUUCACCAAUGAGAAACUGCAACAGUUCUUCAACCACCACAUGUUUGUGCUGGAGCAAGAGGAGUACAAGAAAGAGGGAAUUGAAUGGACAUUCAUUGACUUUGGGAUGGACCUGGCUGCUUGCAUUGAGCUCAUUGAGAAGCCCAUGGGCAUUUUCUCCAUCCUGGAAGAGGAGUGCAUGUUCCCCAAGGCAACUGACACCUCUUUCAAGAACAAGCUCUAUGACCAGCAUCUGGGCAAGUCCAGCAACUUCCAGAAGCCCAAGCCUACCAAAGGAAAGACAGAAGCUCAUUUCUCCCUCAUACACUAUGCUGGCACAGUGGACUACAACAUCACUGGCUGGCUUGAGAAGAACAAGGACCCCCUGAAUGAAACUGUCAUUGGGCUGUACCAGAAAUCAGCACUGAAAACACUGGCCUUACUUUUUGCCAAUUAUGGUGGAGCAGAAGCAGAGGCUAGUGCUGGUAGCAAGAAAGGUGGCAAGAAGAAGGGUUCUUCUUUCCAGACUGUCUCAGCUCUUUUCCGGGAGAAUUUAAACAAGCUAAUGACAAAUCUGCGGAGUACUCACCCCCAUUUUGUACGUUGCAUCAUCCCAAAUGAAACAAAAACACCUGGUGCCAUGGAGCAUGAACUGGUGCUGCACCAGCUGCGGUGCAACGGUGUGCUGGAAGGGAUCCGAAUUUGCAGGAAAGGAUUUCCUAACAGAGUCCUGUAUGCAGAUUUUAAACAGAGAUACAGAGUAUUAAAUGCAAGUGCUAUUCCAGAAGGACAGUUCAUUGACAGCAAGAAGGCUUGUGAGAAACUUCUGGGAUCAAUUGAUAUAGAUCACACUCAAUAUAAAUUUGGUCACACCAAGGUGUUCUUCAAAGCUGGACUGGUGGGUCUCCUGGAGGAGAUGAGAGAUGAGAAGCUGGCACAGCUCAUCACUCGCACACAGGCCAGGUGCAGGGGCUUCCUCAUGAGAGUGGAGUACCAGAAAAUGGUGGAGAGGAGAGAGUCCAUCUUCUGCAUCCAGUACAACAUUCGUGCAUUCAUGAAUGUCAAGCACUGGCCCUGGAUGAAGCUGUUCUUCAAAAUCAAGCCUUUGUUGAAGAGUGCAGAAUCUGAAAAGGAGAUGGCCACUAUGAAACAAGAGUUUGAGAAAACUAAGGAGGAACUUGCAAAAUCAGAGGCAAAAAGGAAGGAGCUGGAGGAGAAAAUGGUGAAGCUGGUGCAGGAGAAAAAUGAUUUGCAGCUUCAAGUGCAGGCUGUGAAUAAGAAUCUCGCUGAUGCUGAGGAGAGAUGUGACCAGUUGAUCAAAACCAAAAUCCAGCUGGAAGCCAAAGUCAAGGAAGUGACAGAAAGAGCAGAGGAUGAGGAAGAAAUCAAUGCUGAGCUGACAGCCAAGAAGAGGAAACUGGAGGACGAAUGCUCAGAGCUGAAGAAAGAUAUUGAUGACCUUGAGUUAACACUGGCCAAAGUUGAGAAGGAAAAACAUGCCACUGAAAACAAGGUGAAAAACCUCACCGAAGAGAUGGCAGGCCUGGAUGAAACCAUUGUAAAGCUGACAAAAGAGAAGAAAGCCCUCCAAGAGGCCCACCAGCAGACACUGGAUGACCUGCAGGCAGAAGAGGACAAAGUCAAUACACUCACCAAAGCUAAAACCAAGCUGGAACAGCAAGUGGAUGAUCUUGAAGGGUCCCUGGAGCAAGAGAAGAAAGUGCGCAUGGACCUUGAGAGAGCCAAGAGGAAACUGGAGGGUGACCUGAAACUGGCCCAUGACAGUAUAAUGGACUUGGAAAAUGAUAAGCAGCAGCUGGAUGAGAAACUGAAGAAGAAAGACUUUGAAAUCAGCCAGAUCCAGAGCAAAAUUGAGGAUGAACAAGUUCUCAGCAUGCAACUGCAGAAGAAGAUCAAGGAGUUGCAGGCCCGAAUUGAGGAACUGGAGGAGGAAAUUGAGGCCGAGCGGACCUCUCGCGCCAAAGCAGAGAAGCAUCGGGCUGACCUCUCCAGGGAGCUGGAGGAGAUCAGCGAGCGCCUGGAGGAAGCAGGGGGAGCUACGGCAGCUCAGAUCGACAUGAACAAGAAGCGUGAGGCGGAAUUUCAGAAGAUGCGGCGCGACCUCGAAGAGGCCACUCUGCAGCAUGAAGCCACCGCUGCCGCCCUGCGCAAGAAGCACGCGGACAGCACAGCCGAGCUCGGGGAGCAAAUAGACAACCUGCAGCGUGUCAAGCAGAAGCUGGAGAAGGAGAAGAGUGAGCUCAAGAUGGAGAUUGAUGACUUGGCCAGUAACAUGGAGUCUGUCUCCAAAGCCAAGGCAAACCUGGAAAAGAUGUGCCGCACUCUGGAAGACCAGCUGAGUGAAUUUAAAUCAAAGGAUGAGCAAAAUCUGCGCAUGAUCAGUGAUCUCAGUGCUCAAAGGGCUCGCCUGCAAACAGAAUCUGGUGAAUAUGCACGUCAGGUGGAGGAAAAGGAUUCUUUGAUUUCUCAGCUUUCUAGAGGAAAGCAGGCUUUUACUCAACAGAUUGAGGAACUGAAGCGGCAACUAGAGGAAGAGAUAAAGGCCAAGAAUGCCCUGGCCCACGCCUUGCAAUCUGCUCGCCAUGACUGUGACUUGCUCCGGGAGCAAUAUGAAGAGGAGCAGGAAGCCAAGGGGGAGCUGCAGCGUGCCCUGUCCAAGGCCAACAGUGAAGUGGCCCAGUGGAGGACCAAAUACGAGACGGAUGCCAUUCAGCGCACUGAGGAGCUGGAGGAGGCCAAGAAGAAGCUGGCACAGCGUCUGCAGGAAGCUGAGGAACACGUUGAAGCCGUGAAUGCCAAAUGUGCUUCCCUGGAAAAGACAAAGCAGCGGCUGCAGAAUGAAGUGGAGGACCUGAUGAUAGAUGUGGAAAGAGCGAACGCUGCCUGCGCAGCUCUGGACAAGAAGCAGAGGAAUUUCGACAAGAUCCUGUCAGAGUGGAAGCAGAAGUACGAGGAAACGCAGGCUGAGCUGGAAGCCUCCCAGAAGGAGGCUCGCUCUCUCAGCACGGAGCUGUUCAAGAUGAAGAAUGCCUAUGAGGAGUCCUUGGGCCACCUGGAGACCAUGAAGCGGGAGAACAAGAACUUGCAGCAGGAGAUUUCUGACCUCACGGAGCAGAUAGCAGAGAGUGGAAAGGCCAUUCAUGAGCUGGAGAAAGUGAAGAAGCAGAUAGAGCAGGAGAAAUCUGAAAUCCAGGCAGCUUUGGAAGAAGCUGAGGCCUCCCUAGAACAUGAGGAGGGGAAGAUCCUGCGUCUCCAGUUGGAGCUCAACCAGGUCAAGUCUGAGAUUGACCGGAAGAUAGCAGAAAAAGAUGAGGAAAUUGAACAGCUGAAGAGAAACCAUCUCCGAGUUGUGGAGUCCCUGCAGAGCAGCCUGGAUGCUGAGAUCAGGAGCAGGGCAGCCAUGAUGGCAGAAGAGCUGAAGAAGGAGCAGGACACAAGUGCCCACCUGGAGAGGAUGAAGAAGAACUUGGACCAGACAGUGAAGGAUCUGCAGCUGCGUCUGGAUGAGGCUGAGCAGCUGGCACUGAAAGGAGGCAAGAAGCAAAUCCAGAAGCUGGAGGCCAGGGUGCGUGAGCUGGAAGGGGAGGUUGAUUCUGAGCAGAAGCGCAGCGCUGAAGCCGUGAAGGGUGUGCGCAAAUACGAGAGGAGGGUGAAGGAGCUGACCUACCAGUCUGAGGAAGACCGGAAGAAUAUUCUCAGGCUCCAGGACCUGGUGGACAAGCUGCAAAUGAAAGUGAAAUCAUACAAGAGACAAUCCGAAGAGGCU